AGACCUUGAGUAUUACUUAGUUACAAACGUAUGCAAGGCUACUUUUAGAUGCUGGAUUAUACAACGAAAGGAUAAAAGGAUUUAUUUUAGAUCCUUUUGCAUCUGGUUUAGUUCUUGUCUGUCCGCACCAGGGACUCGUAGUUUGCAUCAUGCAAGUUUUAACUUUAACAUUCACUGUGUUAUUUUGUGCAAAGUUUUGUUUUUCUUUAAAGGAAAUAGAUUUAAACGGACAAUGGACUGUUUCAAAUUCAAACAUGAGCAUUGUUAUCCCAGGCGUUGUUCCUGGUUCCAUGUACACGGCCUUGAUGGCAAACAAAACCAUCUCAGACCCAUACUACCGUAAGAAUGACGCAUUGUAUAGAUGGAUUGGUCGUGACGAUUGGACAUACAGUCGCAGUUUUAAUGUAUCGGCUGACAUGUUACAAUAUACAGCUAUAACGUUGGUUUGUGAUGGACUGGAUACUAUAUCUACCGUCGUCGUUAACAACAAGAUCGUCGGCACCUCUGAUAAUAUGUUUGUUAGAUAUGUGUAUGACAUCAAACCAGCUUUAGUGGCUGGAGCAAAUAGCAUUGCUGUAAAGUUUCGGUCUGCGCCAAAAUAUGUGGAGGAACAAGCAAAGAAAAGAGAAUAUCCAAUCUUCCCAUUGUGUGUACCUCCAGAAUAUCACGGUGAAUGCGGGGCAAAUCUUAUUCGGAAAACUCAGUGCUCGUUCAGCUGGGAUUGGGGACCAUCCUUUCCAACACAAGGAAUCUGGAGAGACAUUUACAUUCAGGGUUACAAUAGUCUAGUUAUAAGGGAUAUUACAUCGGAAACCACCAAAAACAAAGAUGGGUCAUGGUUACUGAAGGUUGACAUAUUUACAGACGUUUUCCUUGCAGCAAGGGUCAACGGCCACAUGGAGGUCAAGCUAGCAAACACGUCAGUUUCUCAAACAACGCCGGUGACCUUGACCUCUGACAAAAACAUGGUUUCUAUGAACAUCAGCAUUCCGAAGUCUGAAAUGAUCCGGGAAUGGUGGCCAAAUGGUUAUGGAGAACAGAACCUGUAUGAUUUGUUCGUAUUUUUUACUGAUACAUUUGGAACGAUGAACAACAAGAAGAUCCGGAUAGGGUUUAGAACUGUAGAGAUUGUGCAGGACUACGUUUCUGUUAACAAGUCAUUAGGUCGCACUUUUUAUUUCCGUAUAAAUGGCCAAGCGAUUUUUCUGAAGGGCUCAAACUGGAUACCUGCAGAUGCUUUCCUGGAUCGUGUCACCAGAGAUCGUGUGUACAACUACCUGAAAUCUGCCGCCGACGUCCACAUGAACACAAUGAGGGUCUGGGGAGGAGGGAUAUAUGAGUUUGACAUGUUCUAUGACAUAGCAGAUGAGCUAGGAAUUAUGAUAUGGCAGGACUUUAUGUUUGCUUGUGCUAUGUAUCCAACUGAUGACCAGUUCCUGUCUUCCGUUAGUGCCGAGGUUAGGUACCAGGUACGCAGAUUGAAACAUCAUCCGUCACUUAUCGCUCUCAGUGGUAAUAACGAGAACGAGAAGGCUUUGAGACAGGACUGGUAUGGUACUGACGUCAACUUUACCAGAUACAAAAACGACUAUCUGAAGCUAUAUAAAGACACUGUGUACGCCAUUGUGAGCCAGGAAGAUACAAGUCGCCCGUUCCUGUCAUCCAGCCCGUCAAAUGGUGUAGAAUCUCAACUUGAAGGAUGGGUUGCUAAGCAACCGUGGAGUACAUAUUAUGGCGAUAUCCAUGAAUAUAAUUAUCUUGUUCCAUUCUUCGAUCCGAGUCAGUACCGCAUUCCUAGAAUGUCCUCCGAGUUUGGCCUUCAAUCGUUUCCUAGUUACGAGACGCUUGAAUCAGUGUUUGGCGCAGACGACAUGGACUACUGGUCUGAUCUGAACGAUUACAGGAACCACCAUCCAUUUGGCAACGUUGAGAUGAUGGCCGAGGCUAUACAGUAUGUUAGAUUACCAAACAACCGGGACCGAAAACAACGUUUCAAGGACCUUAUAUACAUCACACAGAUAGAUCAUGCGGUUGGAAUGAAAGUUCAGACGGAACAUUAUCGUCGUUGGCAAAACCAGCUGGACAAUAAAGGUCAAGGUAAUACUAUGGGAGCACUGUAUUGGAUGUUGGCAGACAUAUGGCAAGCACCAACUUGGGCUUCUAUAGAAUAUGGCGGGAAAUGGAAGAUGCUUCAUUACUUUGCCAAAGACUUCUUUGCACCAACUCUAAUCUCACCAUACAAAGACGGAAAUGACGUCAAUGUAUUCAUUGUCAUUGAUGAAUUAUCAGUAAAGGAAGUACGUCAUCCUGUACACCAUACUCUUCAGUUCCAAGCUAAAUACAACCCGCGUCCUUUCAAUCUAUAUGACACGACCACGUGGGAUGAUAAUCAUGUUUCAGCAUCCAAUCAGAUUAACCUAUACAAUAAGGACGAUUUUAGCGGAAGUUUGUACAUUGAAAUGUACUCCUGGGACAGAUUUCAGAUGUUGUAUUCAUGGAAAAUACCGUUUACACUAAUUAACACAGCUCAAUCAGUAUUUCGUCACGACAUUUCUGAUAUGAUCUCCACUGCUGGCUGUGUGAGAAGUAAACGGUGCUUUCUUUUCUUUCAUCUUGGUGACCCUGUAUCGGGACCGACCAACUUUUUACCGCUUUCACAGUUCACCGACGCCGAGGGACUUACAAACGCUACAAUUCAGAUUUCUGAUGUAAUGGCUACGACGACUAACAACGUGUUUACUGUCACAUUAACCACGGACGCAAUCGCGCCAUUUGUUUGGAUAGAUGCUUACAAGGUCAAAGGUCGUUUCUCUGACAACGGGUUUUUAAUGCUUCAUAAAACUCGGACCUUGACCUUUUACGCAUGGGAAACAAUAGAUGUUGCGACAUUGAAAGCGGCCUUGUCUGUAAAAUCGUUGAUGAACGUAUACCAUUGAACUGUUUAUGAACAUUAAAUCGUUUAUUAUUCUAUAAUAAAUAAUAUACAUUGUAGACUAAAAUUUAUUUGAAUGAAAAAAAAAGACAUAUGUGUAAUAAAUAUUUGUAUUUGCAAAGUGAUAAACACAA